GUAACCUCUGUAAUUUACCAACACGUCUAUCAAUUUCAAAUCCAUCACCCAAACUUCACAUCAACAUCUAUCUACACCUUCAUCAUGUCGACCACUACAGUUACACAUACCCAAAACGGCGACUUUCACAGCUCCAUCCUUCGCGAUUAUGAGCUUCACCACUCUCACGCUCGCGAAGAAUCGCCUGAUUGCCGAACAGCGCCAGUGACUUCUGCAGAUCAUCCUGAGUUCGAUCUACCGCAUCGUCGGGUGCCUGAGUAUAGGCCGCUUAAUCGAGACGCAGCGCAUGUUAAUGGUGUUCGCGUCUACACCAGCACGGCUGAGAGGUUCUUCAUAACUGCUAUGUUUAGAGGCCUGAAUGUCAAUGCUAGCGCUGCUCAGUAUUGGAGGGCAUCGAUUGGGAAGUUUACGGAUAAGGUUUGGAAGUAUCAGGUUGGAGGAGAGUUUUAGAUUGGCAGUUGAAUUGCUUGACGGUCGGAGUUUACUAUUGGAUUUCUUUGUUAUUUAACAUAUAUCAAACUUAUCAACUUGG